GAAAUUUAUACAUAUGUUGCAAAAUUAUAUUGUCAAAAUUAUUACAAUGACAUGUUUAACUUCCGCUGUUCUACUUCCCGCGAUAACUUUUUAGAAAAUACCUUAACCCGUUAUUCGAACCGCUAGCUCCCGCCUUAACAAAUGGCGUCUUGAUCUGAAAAUAAAACUUGUCGCCGAGUUGAGUUAAGCUUUACCAAAUGCGUCUGCUCCGCCACUACUAGAGACAGAGUGCACAUCAAACUAAAAACUUUGCUGUGUGUUGCAUAGGAAUUUGUGGUGGUAUACGAGAGUUCAAAUCGUUUUGACCAUGAGCCUUAGGAGGUUGGAGAAAGUUGUGCCAAAAAUGAAGAGACCAAGACAAGCCUAUACGUUGGAAGAAAAAAUUGAAAUAAUCAAGAGGAUGGAAAGGGGGGAAAAACCCAAAGACAUUAGUCGUGCUCUACACGUCCCUUCGCCUACGAUCUGCACGAUAUACAAAAUGCGUGAACAGAUCCAAAAACAAUACAAUGAAGGCAACAUCGGGGCUUGCACACUGUAUCGUUUGACCAGGGCGCGCCAUACUAUUUUUGAUAAGUUAGAAAAUUAUCUGGUGCAGUGGAUUGACGAGCAGAGGGACAGAGGUGUACCCUUGAGCACUGUGUUGAUACGGGAAGAGGCCAUGAAACUUUUCCGUCACUUAAAGGAGGAGAUGGCUGCUGAGGGUGACACAACAGUAAAUGAACUAGAUUUUAAGGCAAGCCCUGGCUGGUUUGACCGAUUCAAGACUCGGUCACAUCUCCGCCACAUACAUUUGCAUGGGGAAGGAGGUUUUACUGAAACCACUGCUGCUACUUUUCCAGUGAUGUUGGAGAAGAUUGUUAAAGAAGGCGGUUAUACAGCACAUCAGAUUUUUAACAUUGAUGAAACGGGUCUGUUUUGGAAACGGAUUCCAUCCAGGUCUUUUAUCGCACAAGAUGAUGCUCGGCUCGAAAGACACAUCAGUUCAAAAGAUCGCAUAACGGUAGUGCUGGGUACUAAUUGUGCUGGUGAUGUCAGACUAAAGCCUCUUUUGGUUUAUCAUUUGGAAAACCCUCGUGCCCUUAAGGGUAUAGUGAAGUCAUCCUUACCUGUGAUGUGGAGGGCUAAUAAAAAAGGACGAGUAACUCGGGACUUAUUCUCUGACUAUGUCUACUCAUACAUGUCACCAUUCAUCACUGAGUAUACGAAGGAAAAAAACUUGGAAAAUAAAGCUCUCCUGAUCAUUGACCAUGCUUCUGCACAUCCACCAACUAUUACGGACUUAUGUGAAAACAUCCAAGUUGUCUUUCUACCUCCAAACACCAGCUCAUUCUUGCAGCCUAUGGAACAGGGAGCGGUCCAUGCAUUCAAGUCGCAUUACAUCUACCUCCUAAUGCAGUUUCUUGCAAGGGCUUCAGAUGUAGACAGAGAAGCUUCUUUGACAGAAUUGUUAAAGCAGUUCACUAUCCGGCAGUGCAUUGAGUUUAUUGACCAAGCAUUUAAAAUGGUGUCUCAAGAAACCAUGAACGCUGUCUGGAAAAAACUGCUUCCGAAAUUUGCAGCAGACAUACUCUGCUUUGAUGAGAUCAUUGAUGUGAAACAAAAGAUUGUUUCUUUGGCCCAGGAGGCUGGUUUAGAUGGAGUGGAGGCUGAUGAUGUAGAUGAGCUUCUGUCAUUGCAUUCAGAGGAAAUGGCAGAGGAAAUACAAGAAACAGAGAAUCCUGUUAGUCAGUCUGAGGAGGAAGAGGAUGGGGGGAGUGAUAGAGUCCUGGACAGCCAAACUUUGCAAGAGAUUCUAAACAUGUCUGACUGCUUGGCCAAAAUUGUGACUGAAAAGGAUCCAGACAUGACCAGAGGUCUCACCUUUAAACAUGCCCUCAUGAAUGCUGUUGAGUGCUAUAAAAAUCUUUAUGAGAAGAAAUUCAAAGCUCGCAAGCAAGUGCUGAUACCCUCAUUUUAUCCUGGGAUGGCAAUGAGUUCGAAACAAGAAGUUCCCCAGCCUUCCACAUCAGGUCUUCAAGUCAGACAGAGGAAGAGGAAAUUAUCAGAAACCCCUUUUGUCACAUUGGAGCUCAAAGUUGAAAAUGUCGGUUUAGAGGAGAUGUGACUACUAGCUUUGGUUCUACAUACAAAUACCGCGUCCAUUCUAUUAGUACUCAGCAGCUGGACAGCACCUUGUGUGCCAAAAGAACAUACCAUGACUAAGUGUGUAUUAAAACACAUAGCAGCAAGACGUCUGUAAACUACAUGACUGACAAAAGAUCAUUUUGGCAUGAACAGUGGAAUGCCACAUGGCAAAGUAACCUGUACCUGCAAGAUCCUGGUGGACAGAUGGGACUUAUAAACUAUGCAAGGCUAUGUGCAGCCGACCUUCAGUUGGAGCUCAGAGGAGACAUCAUAGGGUAAUUAUGCAGGAGACUUGGUAUUCUAGAUGGCAUGUACAUUCUCAUCCCUGGUGCAUCACAGUGGAAAAGAUACAUGAUAGUUAUAAUUUUCUUACAGUACACCUGUACAUGAGAAAUAAAAUCUUUUCAAGCCCACAUAGUAGUCAUCUCAACCAAAGAGAAGCAAAAGGCUAGAGCAAAACAGAUAUCUACUCCAGGAACUUGUUCAUAAAAUUUGGGCAAAAAAAAAAAUGUUUGCAACGUAUGGUGUAUAUAUAUAUAGUACAAAACUGCUUUUAUGUUAACUUGCAGAGUGUUCUAUUCAGUGAGGAUUGGGUUUGUGGUUAUGUUUUAACUUAUUGACUGACAUUAAGGAACAGUUGUGCUUCUGUCAUCGUCACUGAAUGUUUCUUUUUAAGGAAUCUAGCAUUUCUUGUAUGUUGUCACAACUCUUAUAUUAUUUUAAUGUUUUGAUGCCACUGGAUUAUGUUUUUAUUUAGAUGUUUGGCUGUUAAAAUACUGUUAAAUUUCAGCACUUGUCUAAUUGGUUAGACAGUAAUUGAGACAACAGCAACAGGUUUUGUUUUUCUGGACAGCCUGCUGAAUGGGCUUAUGUUUUGUUUUUACUAUGUAAAACAAAAAACUGUUAACUAUCUUUGUCACCACUAUAUAAGGUUCUGUCUUUUGUACAUGCUCAAAGCAGUAGAUAACUAGAGAAAGACAAAAGGAAACUUUACUAUCCAUUCCAGUUUUGCACUGCUGGUUUUCAGGGCUUCUCCAAGGGACAUCAUUCUGUGUUAAGUUAUUCAAUUCUGUACUAUAAUUUUAAAUGCUGAAAAUUUAUUACUUUCAAAUCUAAGUAAGUCCAAACUUAUUCUGAUAUUCCAUUUUUCCAUUUAAUUUUGCAUCAUCCUUCUUGUACACAUAAUAUGCUCUUUAUACAUCACAGCAUUGCACUUAUAUACAAACAUUUACUCAAAUCUUGAUACAAAACUAAGGUGUCAUAGUUGAUAGAUGGGCAAUAAUGAGGUUAGAGUACAAAAACCAGCAAAUGAUCUAAUGGUCAUCACAAAUUCUUUCAGUUUCAAGCAAAAUUUAGAUAUUGCUGUAAAUCUGUUCUGUUUCUGAGAUUUAUAGUGGGUAUUUAAUACAAUUAGCAUUCGGACAACCAUUUUUUACACAAGACUUCUUUUUAUUAGACAAAAGCAAUUAUUUUGGUGAUCAAAGUUUCCGCAAUUUUGGGACAAAAUACUAUCCCAGCCUGCCAUAGUUCAUCGGCCCCAAAAGGACCCUUUCGGGCUGAGAAAUGGGCUCCUUUAGGGAAGUUACACUCCCAGCCCGGCUGGAAAUGGAAGCAGGAUCAGCAUCGGCUCCUUGCAGGGUUUAGAAGAACUUACACACCUCUCGGCCCUUCAAAGCCCCACCCUAAACCUAAUUAACCUUCACCUUGUCCCAAAUUUCCCUCUUAGCAGCAUUGACACAUUAGAAAACAAUGUUACAUCUUUCAGACAUUUAAUUGCAGGUGCCUUCGUUCACUCUUACUCUUGGUAAACACCAAAAGACAAAAAAAUUGGCAUGAUUCAACAAUUUAUUAUAUACAAGCAAAAUAUAAACAUGGUUUUAAUAUUUAUUUACAACAAAGAACUUGUCGCAAAUGCCUGAACCAAAAAAAAAAAAAUCAU